UUCUAUUUAAACAAAAGUGCCAUGAAAGUACGCUGGCAGAUAGUCAAUAGCUGUCUGCGUCGGCACUGGCGCCAGCAAAGCAAUUCCGCCACAGUUACAGCAGCUGCUCCAAUUACAGGAAACUCAGCUACACCGACAUCAACUAAUAAACCUGCAAACAGCAACACACGUGAAACGUUCGUUGAGCGCAUAGAACGCGGACCGGGUCUGAGAGAUUUUUUCACUGUGAAAGCCAAGCGGAAGCUGAGGGAGGAGGAGACCUCGAAUGCCGUUAGUAAUGAUAUACCUUACCUAAAUGCAAUAGACUUCAAUGGCCAUGGAAGGCGGGUGCACUUCGAAGUAUAUGGCUGCCAGAUGAACACGAACGACACGGAGGUAGUGUGGAGCAUUCUGAAGCAACACGGCUACCAGCGAAGUGAAGAUGUUGCCAAUUCCGAUGUCAUAAUGCUCGUUACAUGCGCUGUUCGUGAAGGCGCCGAACAGAAGAUCUGGAAUCGCUUGCGUCACCUGCGAGCGUUGAAGGAAAAGCGAGGCUCAAAGCGAACCCCUCUUCAAUUGACAAUACUUGGCUGCAUGGCGGAGAGAUUGAAGGAAAAACUGCUGGAGCAGGAGCAAUGCGUGGAUGUGAUUGCUGGUCCAGACAGCUACAAAGAUCUACCGAGACUGUUGGCCGUCGCUCGCCACUAUGGCAACUCGGCCAUUAACGUCUUACUGUCUCUGGACGAGACCUAUGCAGAUGUCAUGCCCGUCCGCUUGAACUCAGAUUCGCCCACUGCAUUCGUCUCGAUCAUGCGUGGCUGUGACAAUAUGUGCACCUACUGCAUUGUGCCUUUCACACGUGGUCGCGAGCGCUCACGGCCGCUCGAAUCAAUCGUCCACGAGGUGCGGACACUGCAGGAGCAGGGCGUCAAGGAGGUGACGCUGCUGGGUCAAAAUGUCAAUUCCUAUAGAGAUAGGACUUCAGAAAAUUCGACCAAAGCUGUUGGCAAUACGGCACCCGGUUUUAGCACGGUUUACAAGCCUAAAACUGGCGGAUUACCAUUCUCAGUGCUGCUGCAAAGUGUAGCUGAGGCUGUGCCUGAAAUGCGUAUACGUUUCACAUCGCCACAUCCCAAAGACUUCUCUGACGAAGUAUUGCGCGUCAUUCGCGACUAUCCUAAUGUCUGUAAGCAACUCCAUCUGCCCGCCCAGUCAGGCAACACGGCCGUUCUAGCAAGAAUGCGUCGUGGCUAUACGCGCGAGGCGUACCUCCAGCUGGUAGAGCACAUUCGGCAAAUCUUGCCCAACGUGGGCUUGUCCAGUGACUUCAUUUGCGGAUUCUGUGGUGAAACGGAUGCCGAAUUCGAAGAUACCAUUUCCCUCAUCGAACGCGUGCAGUAUAACGUGGCGUUUCUGUUCGCCUACAGCAUGCGCGAGAAAACCACAGCUCACAGACGCUACGUGGACGACGUUCCAACAGCAGUUAAGACCGAUCGACUGAAACGCAUGGUGCAGGCAUUCCGAGAAGGGGCCACCAAAUUGCACAAACGUUUCGAAGGACAGGAACAACUCAUCCUGAUCGAGGGUAAGAGCAAGCGGUCCGACAGUCACUGGUUUGGACGCAACGAUGCCAAUAUUAAAGUAAUUGUGCCUGCAGCAUCUCUACCCACAUCUAAUAAGAAUGAGCCCGCGAAAGAUAUAAAUGUGGGCGAUUUUGUGGUUGCACGCAUUGUUGAAUCCAAUUCGCAAGUCCUGAAGGGCAUACCUCUACACGUCAGCAGCAUCGGACAUUACCACGGCAGCACAAGUUGAAUAAAGAACUGUUUC